ACGAACGCCAAGGAAGUGCGGAAAAUAGGGUCCUUUUUUUUUUCUCUCUUUUCUCGCGAGAGAUAUUUCGGAAGAGGAAGUGCGUGCGGCGUGCCUUCCUGUUCCUCGCAGCUCAUUCGCCGAGGGACAAGCCCCCCCCCCCCCACCCCCCCUCCUGCCUUUCCUCCCCAUUUCGUCCCUGCUCGUCGGUAAUCGUUUCCAAGCCUUGCGUUUCGUGGGAUUUAUUGAGGCGAGGGCUUCGAUUCGACCCAGGAAUCGCCCAAAUCCGCUCGUCUUCGACUUCGGUUCAUCCCCUGGACCGAAAUUUCUAGGGUUUUAGUGUCAAUUUUGUUCCCCCUUCGUUACAUUUUUUUAUUGGAGGUGGAUUGGCCCCCCCGUUCUGAUGAUUGCCUGGGUUCGUUGGAUGGCAGGGCACGAGAUCCUCUAGAGGUUUGCGCUGUUUGGCGUGAAAUUUUGGGCGCGAUUUGCUUUGCUCGCAUGGGGGAUCAUGUCGCGGUGGAUGUUGGGGAGCUCGUAGCGUCCCGAGUCGGUGAGGCAGCCGGGUUGGUGUCCCGCGGUAAGGAGGAAACGGAGGCGCUGAUUGGGAUGGUGGAGUGCCGCAUUUGCCAGGAGGAGGACCUCGCGAAGAACCUCGAGAGCCCCUGCGCUUGCAGCGGCAGCCUCAAGUAUGCUCACAGGGAAUGUGUGCAGCGUUGGUGCAAUGAGAAAGGAGAUAUAACCUGUGAAAUCUGCCAUGAGUCGUACAAGCCUGGUUACACUGCCCCACCCCAAGUGCAUCAUGAUGAAACAACCAUAGAGAUAAGUGGUGGAGAUUGGACCAUCUCUGGCAACCGUUUGGAUUUACAUGAUCCUAGAAUAUUGGCAAUGGCUGCUGCUCAACACCGUUUACUUGAAGACGAGUAUGAUGAAUAUACUACAACAAACAACAAUGCUGCUGCGUUUUGCCGCUCUAUAUUUCUGAUUUUGAUGGCCCUUCUGCUCCUGAGGCAUACACUGACCAUUACUAACAGUGAUGAUGAAGAUGAUGCAUCAGCUAUUUUCUCGCUAUUUCUUUUGAGGGCAGCUGGAUUUUUGCUGCCAUGCUAUAUUAUGGCUUGGGCUAUUAGUAUCAUGCAGCGUCAAAGACAAAGACAGGAAGAAGCAAUGCUAUUGCCAACCGAAGUGGCUAUCAUUCUGCACCGGAACGGAAGAACGAUGCAAUUUGCGGUGGCACCACCAGAAUCUCCUACCUCACCUCAGCCCGAGCCAAUCCAAUAGAAUACAUCAGUGACAGGCUCACGAGUGCAUAACAGAUGCUUCUCAGCAUCUGGGCUUAAAGGUGGAAACUCGAGGACAUUGUGCAAAGCCCUGUUGCCUCGGCCACCUCGAAUGGCUCCAUGUUGCAGCAAAAAUGUUGUGCCUUUCUUGGAAUUGAGUUAACUUUCCAGCUGAGAUUCAAUGCUUGUUUGAUGGGCUCUCAGCAUCUUCUGUACAUAAAGAGAUUUCAGUAAUAAGUGAAUAUAAAUGUUAAAUCAACACAAAAUUUGAUUUUGCACUGUGGCA